UCAUUCAAGUCAAUUCAUGGGCACGCUCUUGUCAAGCUAGAUCCUAAAAGAGGUUAAAAGAGGCAAGGUUCUUGAUAACAAUGCGGGCGAUAUUUUUCCUAGCGUGUAUGGUUGCUGUCACCUUGGUUGAAGGAGGACGUGGCGACGUUCCAGCCAUUGCUGAUGUGCCAGACUAUGACGAAACGCUUGACUUUCAUUCGUUUGGUGGCAAAGAAUUGUUGAAUGAUGACGAUUCUACAAAAUACAGAGAUUGCUACGAUGUCAUGACAAGAGGAAUGUAUCAGAAAUCCGGACUCUACAGAGUAUAUCUCAACCUAACUGAAACACAAACAGUGUACUGUGAGUUUGAAGACAAUGUUCCUAGCCUUGUUGUUAUGAAGCGAUGGUACGGUUACCCAUCCUUCAAGAGGAGUUUCGCGGACUAUACUCGAGGUUUCGGCCUACCUCCUCACGGCGACUUCUGGUAUGGGCUGUCCAAUAUGAAGAAACUCGUCGAUCACGGUUACCAUAUCCUCAACAUGACAAUGGUCGACUGUUCGGGACAAGUGAAGUUUGUCGUUUACAACUGGUUUGACCUUGGUCCAUUGUCCCAGCGAUUUAAGCUGUUCAUUGGCCACUAUGACAACAGAUCAACGCUCAAGGAUGACCUCUCGUACAACAACAUGAUGCCGUUCGCUACCAUGGACAGACCUGACCAGCACGGAUGUGUCCAUAGCCUUCAUGCCGGAUGGUGGUACAAUUUCUGUACUUUGGCCCUACCAACCGGGCAGCGUUACUAUGACUACUGUGGCGAUAGGCCCACCAAGGAGACCUACAUUUGUCACCAUGACGGCAUCUUCUACAAGGAUUGGCACGGGAAUUGCUACUCUAUGCCCUGGGUCAGGAUCACGCUGACCAGGUCAUACUAGGUCAUACUAGAUAUUUGGAAAAACAACUUUAUGGUUUAUAUUAGUUUAUAAAGACAAUUAUAUUGUAUACGCAUUUUUUCUCAUAAUUUAUGUGUGCGUGUUUCCUUUUACGUAGUGAUUUUGUUAUUCAUUGUAUAAACCCAAGCCUAUCUGAUUCUUAAUGAAGCAUUUAAAAAACACAUCUACUUAUAUGUUGUAUUAUUGACCAUAUGUUUGAUAGUAAUAAUAGUUUGUUUAACUACGUUGUAUCCGUAGUUGUGUUUAUUUGAUGGACUUAAUAUUUUGUAAUCGAAAUUAGAAAGUUGAUCAUAAAUGUUACUGUUUUAAUAUAUUUUCAUGUUAUAUUGUCUUUGUUUUGUAUUACAUGUAUUUGUAUACCUAUACUAUAGUCAGUGUAAGAACUAGUUGGAUGUAUGUUUAAAUUCAAAUAAAUCCUAUAUCUGUAUCUGUUCUGUUCUGUAAAUAAACGUGUAAAUAAGUGAAAUGUU